AUGUCGCCGGUAAAACGGUCGAGAUGGAUAUUUCUUCACAAAGGGUUUCUUGUGAAGACGGAGAAUAGAGGAAGAGAAAAAAAAAGGAAGAAGAAGAAGAAGGAGGAGAAGAAGAAGUCACUUGAAAGAAAGCGACUCUCUGCUGCGAUGCGGUGGCUGGAAGGGUAUCGCCGUCGCCCAGGUCUUUGA